AUGGAAGAGAUUGACGCACAAACAACCAAGUUCCACACUGCUCCCUCUCUCUCUCUCUCUCUCUCUACACAAACUUUCUCUCUCUAAAUUCACGUGCCAAUCAUAGACUUAUCAUGUGACGCCUCCGUCCCACUCUCUGCCUGGUGCUGUCUCUCUGUAAUCAUCCCCCUCCCCCUUCACACACACACACACACACACACAGUCGUUUCAACUCUCUUCUUCCAUCGACUAAUCAUUUUUUAGUUCAGAGAAAGCACCUAUAUAGAAAAAACCGAGCUUUCUUUUUUUAACCCAUAAACAUGACUCAGUGAGUUAGUGAGUGAAUGUGAGAUGGGCUGUUUUCAGUCCAAAACUGCCAAUGUCCAGUCCCCCGACCAGGACCCUUCGCUGCCCGACUCCAAACCAGAUCUGGCAAAUGGGGAGCAAGUAGAUCCAGAUCAAGUACCCGCAUUCAGAGAAUUCGGACUCGCGGAACUACGCGGCGCAACAAACGGUUUCAGCAGCGAGCUUAUAGUUUCCGAGAGUGGAGAGAAAGCGCCCAAUGUUGUCUACAAAGGUAAGCUUCGGAGUAAUCGCCUCGUCGCCAUUAAACGCUUCUCAAAGCAAUCGUGGCCCGACCCUCAGCAGUUUGCGGCAGAAGCUGCUGGAGUAGGUAAGGUUAGGCAUAAGAGAUUGGUGAACUUAAUCGGAUGUUGUGCCGAAGGAGACGAGCGCUUAUUAGUUGCUGAAUACAUGCCAAAUGAUACUCUGUCAAAGCAUCUCUUUCACUGGGAGAAACAGCCUCUGCCAUGGGAAAUGCGUGUGAGAGUUGCGUACCACAUGGCGCAAGCUCUUGAACACUGCACUGCUGAAAAUCGGAAAAUUUAUCACGACUUAAAUGCUUACAGAGUUCUUUUCGACGAGGAAGGUGACCCUAGAUUAUCGAGUUUUGGUUUGAUGAAGAACAGUAGGGAUGGGAAGAGUUAUAGCACCAAUUUAGCUUACACUCCUCCCGAGUUUUUGCGUACAGGCAGGGUUAUUCCAGAAAGUGUGAUAUACAGUUACGGAACAGUUCUUCUGGACCUUUUGAGCGGAAAGCAUAUCCCGCCUAGCCAUGCGUUGGAUUUGAUAAGAGGAAAGAACGUUCUAUUGCUAAUGGAUUCUUCCUUGGAAGGACAAUAUGCCAACGAAGAUGCUACUGCUUUAGUCGAACUUGCGUCAAAGUGUCUCCAGUACGAGGCCAGAGAUAGGCCCGAUGUUAAGUUUCUUGUUACUUCUGUCGCACCCCUCGAAAAGCAAAAGGAGGUUGCAUCACUUGUGCUGAUGGGGCUGACGAAAACACCAGUGGUAUCAUUGCCCACCAUGCUUUCUCCACUCGGAAAGGCGUGCGCGAGAAUGGAUCUUACAGCCAUACACGAUAUUCUUCUCAAAACUGGAUAUAAAGACGAAGAGGGUGCUGAGAAUGAGCUGUCCUUCCAAGAAUGGACACAACAAGUUCAAGAUAUGUUGAAUACGAAAAAGUUUGGAGAUAUUGCAUUCAGGGACAAGGACUUCAAAAGUGCUAUCGAAUACUACUCUAAGCUGGUGUUGAUGAUGCCGGUUCCAUCUGGAACAGUGUUUGUGAGGCGGGCCCUCUCGUAUUUAAUGAUAGGGCAACCGGAGCUAGCGCUAAGAGAUGCUAUGCAGGCUCAAGUUUGCCUGUCGGAGUGGCCCACGGCAUUCUACAUGCAGGCUCUUGCCUUGUCCAAACUCGGAAUGGAGACUGAUGCUCAAGACAUGCUCAACGACGGAGCCUCUUUCGAAGCUAAGAAGCAAAACAGCUGGCGCCACUAAGUUUAUAUGUAUUAUUACAGAGAGAAGCUACUUAGGAAUGCUGUGGGUUGUCUUGCUAAAACUGUGUCCAAUUUAAUUUUUUUUUUCACUACAUGAAAUGUGACAUGACAAUGGAUUUUUGAUCCGGGUGCAGAGUUUCUCGAAAAGUAUGCAGAGAGAAAUGUAUAAAAAUCGUUGUUUAGGCUUGUUAUUUUCUCGAUAAGUAUGCAGAGAGAAAUUACGUUCGAUACGCGAACCA